AUGUUCUCACGUCCCACCCCUUCUACCGACGUUGCCGCUCCCGCCGAAAUUCGCGAAUCUGCUGAAAGCGACGUCGCGACGACAGUGUCGACGUCGUCGCGCUCCGCGUUCCACGGCUUGCUUGAUAUCGAGCGAAACCGUCAGAACCGAAACAACCGAACAGCGGUGCACGUCGUAAGACGAGUUUUGUGGAUUAUCCGGGGUUUAUUAUCUCCUGAAGAAGGAAUAAAAACGUAUUCUAAAAAAAUAAGCUAUCCAGACCCUCAAAAAUGACAUCCCCGGCUCUGAACAACGGCAACAACGGCCAGAAGGAAACGUCAAAAACGGCAUCGAGCAACACUUUAGCGCAGGCCAAUCAGGCGGAAGCGGCGGCGAACGGACGCGGAUUGGCUCGCAACCUGUCGUCUCCAUUCAUCGCUUGGUGGCGAGUCUUCAAAAUGUGCAACUUGCUGUCACAGCAAAGAUGUUAGAUCUGACGCGGUCCGCGAUGCGCGAGAUGUAUUAAAGCUGUUGUUUUGUCAAUUUUGUCUAUUUUAAAAGUCGUUUGUUGAUUCGAUAUGUUUCAGAUUCAUUCCAAAAGCGAUAAAUCAAGCAGGUUAUAUUCCAAAAUUCAAAAAUGUUUUAUGUACUGUGUAUUCUUUCGCUCUGGUUGUACUGAUCGAAUCUUGUGUUUUUCGUGGCAGUUCCACCACCAAAUUUCCGAGCAAUGUUUGCCCAAAUGUAUCUGAAACAUAUUGCGCUGUAUAUAAAGUUAAGUCGGUAAUUUUAUGUUUGGAAACAGCACGAAGAAUCUCUGAUUGUAUUUUGUUACUUUUAAUUCAGAAUUAUUGAGUGUAAAGUACGAAAGGAUUUUUAUGAAACAAUAAUGUGCCAUAUAAUAAAUAAUAAAUGCUUUCUGUAUGGGCUAGAAAUAUUAAAAGAAUCGACGAUCUUUUCUGGAAUAAAUAUGAAAUCAAAAUUCUUCGAAAAAUUAAAACAAAAUUGGGCAACUUUUCAGUAUUUUCUAUCGCAUUUUCGACUUUUGGGUGACUCUUUUAGUUUUGAAAAAGAUUUCUUGGUGGAACAAACAAAACAAAAACGGCCAACUUUCCAGUAUUUUCUACUGCAUUUUCGAUUUUCGUUAAGAGUCUUCGUGCUGUUUCUACAUUUUGAAUAAGAGUAAUAUUAGAGUACUCCCAACUUUUUUAAAAUACUUGGAAUGCAUAAAGGUUAAAUUGAACGUUGUGAAUAGACUCAUAAAGAAUAACGUUUGCCAAAGUGCAGUGCCUAAAUCACUAGACUAAGUAACUGUCACUACGAUUUACGUCUAGUCAAAGUGUUAAAUACCAUAUUCAAGCAGGAUCACGAUCUCUUGUAGACGCAUCUGAUUCAUUUUCUCAAAGUUCAUCUCGAACUUUCAGUGCUGCUUGGAACUUCUAGUCAAUCUGUGUCUUAUUUUACACUAAAAGCAAUGUCACGCACUCACGAACAUAUUUUCUUGUAUUCCCCUUUAAGUUUACGACGAAAUUCUAAAAUAUCACAGUACAAAGUAAGCCCUCCAUAAAGGAUUCAAAACAAAAUUUUAGCUGAAAAGUUGGGAGUACCACUUCUUCGUAACCAAUACAAUAAUGCAUUGUUAACGUUAUCGAAAAUAUACGUCAUAAAAUUAUAAAAAAAUAAUAGGAAGCAUUUAAGAAUCGUUGAAACAUAAUGAAAUUGUAUUCCAGCUAGAGCUAUUUUGGGCCAAUUGGCGUUUAUCAAAGUUCAAACAAUGCGUUGCAAACACCGUUUUAUGAUGUUUAUUACUUUUACUUAGAUCGAUAUAGAAUCGUAUAUCCCUAUUAGAUUUAGCCUGCAGCGGAGGUUGUAAUCCAUAUAUUCAAUUAGAUAAUUCAAAAAACGAUAUAAUUCUCUAAAUAUCAUUAUUGAAACUAAUAGUAGAAACUUUGUAGGUCAAAUAUUGGUUUAUUAUGAAGAAGAAAGUCAAGAAUAUUCUCAUUCUCCUGAUACAACAAUGCGUUACUUUGUAUGCUGCACUAAGAACUUACAAUCGCCAUUCCCCGUUAUGCCAUUAAUAUUUUACGUAAACGCUGGUGCAAAGUUAUUGGUCCGAUAUUUCCCCAACUUAAGGAAAGGCCACUAAAAUAUCGGCUUUGAUAAAACCAGCUUACCUUUUUUGGAGAAAAUAGCGUACCACUCAUUUUGCACCCAUGAGCCAUUUUUCUAUGAUAACUGUGACAUUUUUCGUGUUAUUCUAUGUAAGGAUAUUAAUAUAGCGUUUUAGGUAUUAUAUCCUCGCAUGAUCUUACCUGCAUUUUUUAAGCGAUCGUUGUAAGCCAAUUAAUAGACAUGCGGAAGAAGCUUUUUAUAGUCAGAAUAAGGCAGAAAAUGAGGUAUGGAAUUGAGGAGAAGCAAUAAGUUUAGGAACUGAAAAGAAGGAUCCAUAUCUUUUUACAUUUCACGAUACAUAAUCAAUUCAUCAAUAAUCCUACGAUAUAUCUUAUUUUUUAAUAAUACUGUUGUGAUAGUUGACUUUACAUUGUUAUAGGUAGUAUACGAUGGUUUGACGUUCUUUUCAAUAUAUCGUUGACUAGGAUCAA